CGCGCGCGCGCCCUCUCCCCCCUCUCGCCCCCGUGCACGCGCUUCGGCCCCGGGAGCCCGGGAGUGGGCGAGGGAGCUGAUGGGGUAGCUGGAGCUGUCAGAGGCCCCGAGCCCGAGAAAGGAGGGAGCUGAGCGGGUGUAAUGGCCGCGGGGGACAGCGGCUUCCCUCGCUCGGCUGGCGGGGGCUCGGGGUCCCGUUUCCCUCUGUGCGGCGGCCGGCGGGACCAUAAGGGCUUAACUCAUAUAUUUAACCCCCCUCCGAAAAGGUUUGAAAGUAUCCUCGAAGGGCUGUUUGGACCUGGAUUAUUAAAAGAUCUCAGUUUAUUUAAAGACUGUGAACCUGAAGGUGUUUCUGAUUGGACUUUUAAUGAAAAUUGUCUAUUCUGUUGCUUAAGAAGGGAAAAAGUAAAGGAACAUUUAGUCGAUCUGGAUGAACCAGCUUUGGAAGCUGGGGGAGAAGCUCUGCUUAGACAAGGGCAAGCAAAAAUCAUUCGUUUCGAGAGACAAGCAGAAGAAUUCCUCAAUGCAGUCUUUUGCAGAAAAGACAGUCCCUGGGUCUCUGACCCCAACAUUCCCCUAGUGGCCCGAGAGAUCAUGCAGCGAAUGAUCCAACAAUUUGCUGCUGAAUAUACCUCAAAAAAUAGCUCAACUCAGGACCCCAGCCAGCCCAAUAGCACAAAGAACCAAAGCCUGCCGAAAGCAUCUCCAGUUAUCACCUCUCCCACGGCUGCAACUACUCAGAACCCUGUACUCAGCAAACUUCUCAUGGCUGACCAAGAUUCACCUCUGGACCUUACUGUCAGAAAGUCUCAGUCAGAACCUAGUGAACAAGACGGUGUCCUUGAUCUGUCCACUAAGAAAAGUCCAUGUGCUGGCAGCACUUCUCUCAGCCAUUCUCCAGGUUGCUCCAAUACUCAAGGGAACGGUGAGGACCCAGGAGAGACAGUAACAAUAGAUUCUAACAAUCAGCCGAAGUCACCACUGGAAAAGUUUAUGGUCAGACUGUGUACACAUCAUCAGAAGCAGUUCAUUCGGGUUCUAAACGACCUCUACACAGAAGUGCAGCCAGGGACUGACGGCCAACGAUUUCCUGAUUCUGAAACUAUGGAUCUUUCUACUUGCAGCCCUGGGUGUGGUCAGCUAAGCACUGAAAAUCAGGAAAGGGGAACUAUUUGUUUUGACAUGAAGUCCCCUUCUACAGAUUUACUCGUAGACCGAAUGACAUGUCAAGGGUCCCCUUGUGUGACAGGGUCAGCCCUGAAGGAACCUGCUGAGAUGAAAUCUUUAGAAAGAAAAGAGAACUCCUUUACUGUUAUCAAAAAAGAUUCUUCUGAACUUCCAACUACUAAAGCCAAUUCUGGUGGUCCAAAGGAUGGUUCUACUCUUGGAUACCUCACUGCAUCUAAUUCUUCCUCAUUUAACUCCCAUCAUGUUUCCAAAUGUCCAGAAGGGCAAACUACUGGACAAGAGCGUGACGUUAAUAUUAAAAAAUCGGAGGAUGAAAAAGACCAGAUACAAAGCACAGCUUUAGUAGAAGGUUUUAUUGCUGUAAAAGUGGCAAAUGUGAAUAGUACUGAGGAUGGUGACAGUUGUAUGGUUUCUCAAAAGAAUUUAUUCAGAGCUUUACCAGAAGAGACUUGGGACUCAGGGUUUAUGGGAAGCUCACCUAGAACUGCUGAUAAAGAGAAUGCUUUACAAUGUAGCUCAAAGUCAUCUUUGCACCAGGAUUUAGAGGAAAAUGAACAAGAUACUAGGCCAAAGCAGGAAAACCAUCUCCACAUGCUGGGAAGGAAUAAGGCAGGUUAUCAUUUACAUCCUGGUGACAAGGGUCAGUUUGAUAAUUCCAAAGAUGUUUGGUUAUCACCAAGCCCCAUGCCAGGUCUACACAAAGCAUCCAUUGGACAUUCACGAACAAAAAUUAUAUCAGCCUCUAUUAAAACAGCCCGGAAAAGUAAAAGAACUUCAGGUUUGAGAAUUAAUGAUUAUGAUAACCAGUAUGAUGUUGUUUAUAUCAGCCAACCCAUAACUGAGUGCCACUUUGAGAGUCAGAGAUCAAUAUUAUCUUCUCGGAAGACAGCAAGAAAGAGCACUCGAGGAUAUUUUUUUAAUGGAGACUGCUGUGAACUGCCAACUGUCCGCACAUUGGCCAGAAGUUCACGAAAUGAGGACAGAAGCAGCUACUCAGCUGUGCAUACAGAGGUCUUAGAGACUCCCAAGCAGGCCCUGACAGUUUCAGACACUGGACCUGCAGGAGAUGUAGAGAUUCUUGGAGAAGACCCUGAAGAAUCCAGAGAGGAAAGAAUUCCUCUCAAGGAGGUAUUCCAAGACCCUCCAUCAAAAAAUGACUCUCAGGAGUCUGAAACUUAUUCUGCAACUGAUGAUACUGAAGAACAAAUUGAGACUAAUCAAGUUAGUUUUCUGAAUCCAAAAGAAGCUACAAGUUCAGAUUCCCCCCUUUCUUUUGAUCAUAAGGAGAAGGUACCAGAAGACAAUUCUGAUGCCAUAGUAAAUGGCUCACCUUUGCAUGUGGAAGACCAACAACAAAAUGAACUUUUAGGCACUAAUGAGGUUAGUGUUCCCCUGGAAAUGGAUAACUGCAUUGACCACUCCCCUGAGAGUGUUCUUGAAGGUAAUAGUGACGUGAUCAUUGCCUCAAGACCUCAUUCUCCUGAAACUCUUAACAGAGAGGAAAGUCCUGUUUGCUCUGAAAAUGAAGCUUCCCCUAGGAAUCUGAAUCUGGAUGCCCCUGUAGAUUUCAAAAGUGUUGAUGGAAGUGAAAGCAUUAGUACUGCAACUAAAACUGAAAACCCUCAAGAGCAAGAUGAAAACCAGCACAAACAAGGUGAAGUUACAUGUACCAAUGAAAAUCUUGAUGACAUUGAAGGAAGUGAGGCGGCACAUGAUACAAGUCAACUAGAGAAAGAAGAACAAAGUGAUGAUAAGCAGUCUUCAGAAACAGAGAUAGGUGAUCAAAACAUUCAUGAAGAAGAGAAUUCAGACAAGAAGAAGAAAGUCAAAAAAACUCUUGUGGCCUCUGAUAGGUGCCUAAGAAGUCAGCUUUCAGAUACACCAAUUGCUCUCCAACUUCCUUGUCUUCAAAUCAAAGUUUCUAAAAGUCCAGGUGCAAAACGUCCUAAGAGAGAAGUGUACCCUGAUGGAGCAGCCUCUGUACAUUUCCCAGCUGACUGCUACGACAAAACACUGUUGAAGAACAUUGGAAAUACAAAUACUGAUGAAAAGGAUCCUGAGCAAAAGGAGAAUGAAGGGAAUGGGGUAAUCACCAGACAGAAUUUUAGAAGUGUGAUAGUAAAAGAAGACAGGGUUGCAGGAGGAGAAGAAACUUCAUCUCAGAGUAAUAGCCCUACUACCACAGCUAGCCAAGAUCCAGAAAUAGAGCGGCUUGAAAUCUGUGAACAGACUAAUUCUGAUACCAAAAAUGGUCAUCUUCCUGCAGAAAGCAGUCCUUGUAAGGAAGACCCAAAACAAUCAGAAAAGGAAUCUGGGGGCAAUCCUGCAAAAGAUUUAGAAGAAGUUGUCAAUGAAGUAGACAGUGAAAAUAUAAAACAUAGUGAUGCACUAUCUAGUCUGUGUGCAUUAUCUAGUGACAGUAGGGAAAGUGCCAGUACAACCCUGAAAUCAUCCAUGAAACAGAAAAGACUGGCUUCUCCAACCUACAACCUAAGGCAUGUUCAUACAGUGGACCCUCUGGAUGCUGCAAAAUCUACUGCAGGAAAGGAUGUUGUAGAGGAUCAUUCAGGGCCAGAGGAAAACCAAAUCUCAGAUGUUGAAGAUUCCAUGGAAUUGAAAGAUGCUGAAACAGUGGUGGAUGAUAAGCCCAAGUUUGUGGAAUGGUGUGCAGAAGAGGAGAAUCAGGAGCUUAUUGCUGAUUUCAAUGCCCAGUACAUGAAAGUUCAGAAAGGCUGGAUCCAACUAGAGAAAGAAAUACAGCCCACACCAAAAGUAAAAAACAAGUCUGACAAAUUGAAAGAGAUUUGGAAGAGUAAGAAAAGAUCACGUAAAUGUAAGGGCUCGUUAGAAGUUCAAAAGCUUUCCCCUGUUCAGAUGCUUUUUAUGAAGACUUUUAAAUUAUCUAAUAUUUGCAAGUGGUUCUUAGAGACAACUGAAACAAGAUCACUUGUAAUUGUGAAGAAACUCAAUACUCGUCUCCCAGGAGAUGUACCCCCCAUCAAAAGUCCCCUUCAGAAAGCCUCCUCUUCUAGCCAGUAUCCUAGUUCACAACAGGCUGAGCGCUUGAAAAAACACUUAAAAAAAUUUCCUGGGGCAACACCUGCUAGAAAUAAUUGGAAAACUCAAAAGCUUUGGGCUAAAUUCCGUGAAAAUGUUGAUAAAAUGGAGUCGGCAGAGACUGCCACUGUCAGCCUUGGAUCUCACUCUGAAGCUAAUUCAGAAUUCAAGGAAGAAAGAAUUAGCCAGCCUUCUUCUAAUUUGCCUACACCAGCUAGUACUCGAAUCCUAAGAAAAUAUUCCAAUAUUAGAGGAAAGCUCCGAGCCCAGCAGCGUUCAAUGAAGAAUCAGAAAACAGAAAGUUCAAAUGAUCUCACUGUGGAAAAUAAACAGAAUCGGAAAAGUGUGUGCAUUAACCCUUUAAUGUCUCCCAAACUUGCUUUGCAAGUCAAUGCUGAUGGAUUUCCUGUAAAGUCCUCUAGUGCUGAAGGAUCCAAGGGCAAAAAGGGGAAGUUAGAUUCCUUACCUAAAGCUGAAAGUCAGCAAAGCAAAAGGAAGAAAACCAAUGAGAGCAGCAGCCUGCAAGAAGGUACUACUUCCACUAGCAAGGACAGAUCACAAGUAAAGAAAGCCAGUAAAGCAAAAAAUUUAGAUCUAUCUUCCAAAGCAUCUGCCAACAAGAAGCGUCCUUCGUCGGAUAAGACCAACAAGCUGUCCAAAAAGGCAUCUUUAAAAGAGAAAAAAGUGAAGAAGGCUACCGACAAGGCUGCCGGGAAGAGUCACCCUCCUUCCCGCAAAGGAAAAGACAAUACCCAGAAGAAGCCAAGCCAGACUCAGCCCCCACCUCGAGAAAAACUGUCCAAAGCUCCAAAGCAGAAAGUUGCUGCUGAGUCGCCUUCCAGGUCACAAAAAACUACUCACAAAAAGCAGAGUAGUGCAAAGACUAAGAAUAACAGAUCAUCUAUGAAGAAAACUCCAGAGAGCAUCCUGACCCAGAGGAAACGCAAACUCCGGGCAAAACUUGACUGUUCCCACAGCAAAAGAAGACGCCUGGAUGCCAAGUGAUGGGAGAUGGAGCCAGGUGUGAGCUGCUCUGUGGCGGCGACCCUUUGUUUUGCAUUAACUCAACCUGCUUUUAUAAGCUGUAGCAAGCCUUUAAAAUCUGCAGUGAAAGGAAAACAUCCAGUUUUAGGCAUCAGAAAACAAUGUCUCAGAUGGAGAAAGGAACUUGCUUUCUCCCUCUAGGACUAAGAAAGGGAGUUAUUAAUUACUUUCUGAAUGUUCCUUGGAUUUUAAACUUGGAACCAGGCAGAUUUGGUUUAAAAGUACAGUGCCUUAUUUAUCCUUUUUUUAAAAAUAAAUAAAAAAAAAAGCUAAAAAGCUAAUCUGUAUGAUUAAAGGCUUGCAUUUUAUACUUGAUGCACAAGCACUUGUACUGUAGCAGAAAUGACCACCAUCAAGCCCCGGAAGUCAUUUUCCAGCAGCCUUCCAGCAGUGUGUCUGUCUGAACAUUUGUUCCUCUUUGAAAACCUCUUGGUGUUCCCUCCCACUCUUUUUGGGUUGUAGUAAAGCAAAACCAAAAUCAUUUGGGAUGGUUGGGAAGACACUAGGGGUGGAGGUCUGUUGCCCUUUAGUUAAACUAUUAUCCUAUUUGUUACCUUUUUCUAAAAAAAUCAUUUUAAUUGUUGGUCACUUCUGUGGACUUGGAGUUUUUAAAAAUUUCAAAUCAUGUAUUCUUACAUUAAACCCCACUUCAAAUCCAUGUGGCACCCAAGAGGUCAGGGAUUUGUUUUUAAUCUCCAGAGUUAUUUUGUAGGCCCAGUCUUUGCUGCUGAUUCUUCAGUUUUCUGUCAUUCUCUUUGCUUUGGGGCCUGAUAGCUUGGCUUUCCUUCUAACAUUUCCCUUGACUCCAGAAACAAUCUAAAAACUCAGUCCAUUUGUAAUAAUAUCACUUGGAGGAAAAAAACCAUCCUUUUUUUUUUUUUUUUUUUUUUCCUUUUUUUUUAAUCUUAUCCACAGUCUCUCCACAUUCAAAACCUAAAUGUUAUUUUGCUUAAUAAGGUGGCUUAUGCUUUGAUAAGCUUGCAGGCACACAUUUAGUAAUGAAUGUAUCUCAAUUCCAUUUUUCAGUUUGUUAUCAGUUUUCCCUCAUAUAACAAACAACACGUGCUUUCAGCACAAUGGACUGAGUAAUUAACAAGUUCAGCAAGUUCAGAUAGAACAGAAUGCCUCUGUGUUAUUAUCCGUCCCCAGGCCUAUUUUUAAAACAGACAUGUGGAGAUCUAAGCAGUGUAACCUGUGAAAUACAUCCAGGGUUACAUAAGAACCCUUCCCCUGGGAGGAGCCUUCAUCAAAACAGCUGCUGCAUGAAAAAUGCCUCCUUUGGGUUAGGAUAACCUAUGCCAGGCGUUCUCUCAAUGGCUUAGAAUCAAGGGCUCCCUUCUGUGUUUUAAAAAAAAAAGAAAAAGAAAAAAAAAAACGUUUUUGCUUCUUCAUUGUAAACUUCUAGGAGGGAGCAUACAUUCACUGUAACUCUGUGCCUUGAAUGUUGCUUCUCUGCAAAGCUGAAACAUUCCCAUUGAGCCACUGCAAACAAAAGAUGAAUUGUAGAAGAUUUUUUUUCCAUGUUUUUACUUCCUUGUGCAACUCCUGAAAAGGGUGAUGUGGGUGUCUCUUUUAAGAAUAGCCACCCAUUCUAGACGUUCCAUACCUCUGUACAUAAACCUGAUGUUUGUUAUUUUUUAAAUGCACUUCACUCAAAUCAUGAUAAGACAGGCAUUUUUACCAAAUCUGGAAAAGACCAGCUCUACUUAAGUGAUAGCAACUGUAGAGGCAUAUAGAGAAGAAGGGGAGGAAUGAAAGGCACUCAAUUUUCCCAGCUUUGGAGAACUGUGCUGGACUUCAGAGACUCCGGGGCUGGCAAGAGGGGUUUACAAGUGAGAACCUUUUUUCCUUAGUCUUCUCCACUCUGUAGAACACAGAUUGUGUUCAUGCUUUGAAAAAUCCCUGUGCUUAGCUAUUUAAGAGCUACUGACAUUAGUAAAAUUGCCGUGUACUUUUUUGAUGGUCUUUUUUCCCCCCAACACUGAGGUGCAUGAAGAUAGUGGCACAAUUGUAAUGUUUUUAAGAGUGUUUGUUUUCUUAAAUCUCUAUUCACAUAAAUAUUGAUGACAAGAAAUUAAUUGUGAUUUAAAUAGCUCUGCAUUUAUCUCAGCCAGGUGCAUUUUCCCCUAGGAUAAAUAUGGCUUGGUUUGAAUUUGUUGUUGUUUGUUUUUGUUUUUUAAGCUAUACAUAUUCCAUUUUUACAGAGCCUAAAAUAAGGUUGAGAAGUUUGGAAUAAUGGAUAGAGAAGAUUUUACAUAGACUUGCUUUCCAAAUACUCUUAGAAUUAUUUUGGGAUUUCAUCAUAUUCUGUUUUUCUAUUUGGGGCUGCAUUAGGAAAUGUGUGUUUUGCAUCUGUUCCACUAAUAGAGCCUCUUUUAAAUCUACUGAUAACUUUGUAGCAGUGACUACUACUGUUGAAGCAGAUGGAAUUCUGUGUAAGAGAAAUACCUUUUAAAAAUGAUGAUCCUUUUUAUCUUGAGCAAAUUGCAUCACGUUGUUUUAGCUUACUCAAUUUCUUUUGAAAUUAUAUGUGCAGUAAAAAUAUACAAGAAACUUUUUCCUUCUGCCCAACCUCUUUCUGUUGCUUGCCAAAUAAUUUUUCAGAUCCUUCAUCUGUGAGAUUGUAGUGCACCCUCCCCCACCCCACCUCCCGCCAUGCCAGUCUUUGCAGAACUGCCUGUCAGUGAGUCACAAGCUUUCCCCCCCCCCCCCCCCAAUCAGUUGACCCAUAUCCCAAAUCAUUGUGGCAAUAGCUGUCCCUUCACCUCUCUGGCUUGCACUGAACAGUCACUACAACCUCAAAUGUUUAUAGAACAAUAAGAAAGUCUUGAAUGUUAGUUGGUUAUGGUCAUUGGUGAGCAGCUCUUAAACGUAGGGAAAGGAUUGUCAGUCAGCCUACUUCUCACUGCCCCCUCCUGCUCCCUCUCUCAGAAUAGAGGAGGAACUUCAGUUUCUGUGGUACUCAUAAUCCCUCCUUUUUUUUUUUUUUUUUUAAAACAUCCUUCUCUCAUUAACAUCUUUGUAACUCAUUCUUUUUGUGCAUAUCUGAGAUUAACUAUCAUUUCCAUUUUCAAUUAGAUAGUUUUCCCUAAAUUGAAUUUCAUGCCUCUUUUUCUCUAUCUUCUAAUUAUCUCAGAGAAAACCUGAAUUCUGCUCCAGAAUAGGGAAGCAGGUAGAGUCUUUUAAGACUUUUGAUGUAGAGAGGUAUAGGGGAAGAUUUCCAUCAAGUCAGAGCCCAAAACUAAUCCACUUACGCCACUUCAUUGGAGUCUCACAGUCAAAUGCGUAAUGACUUAAGAGAUGCAGCAAAUCCCUUUAUUUGUGUUUCAGAUUGUAAUGUUACUAGUAGCUGUUAAUCACAGGUUCCCAUCAGGAGUCCACCUGCUCUUCUGUGUUUCUUAAGUUUUUUGGCAGUGUCCAUUUCCAUUACAAAGAAAUCAACACAGAAAUAACAAUCUACAUAUUACCCCAGUAACAAUUUUUAUCAACUGUUGUAAGUAUAGUAGGAUAUAUGUAGUAGUAUACAUAGAAUAAUUUCCCAGGGAAGAAGCAUAAAUAAAUACUACCAUCUGUGUAUGCUACCUUCUAAUAGAAAAAUUAAAUCAACCAAUUAUAUGCAUCAUAUACUACCUUGUAGAUUUCUUAACUAAAACAAUUUUUCCAACACUAUAGAUAAAAUUCAUCACUCAGAGACAAUUGGAAUUGAAACAUUUAUUUCUUCAAUUGAAUUCAUGUUUGCCCUAUUGCCACAUGUAGCUUUUUCCAUUAUUCUUAUUUGCAAGUGGCAAUUUGGUUUGUGGGUCAUCUUGGAAUAAGAGGAGGAAAGGGUACUGCA